AUGUCGAUAUCCCGAUUUAGUUCACUGAAAGUACCAGAGUUAAAAGAGUAUUUGUCUAGGAGAGGUAUAUCUGUCACUGGAAUUUUAAAGAAUAAGCUUGUUAACCUGUGUGAAGCCGUAGAAACACUCAAUUUACCGGUGGACCCAGACUGUCUAUCGUGCAAAGACGACUCUACGGUUACAUUAGAUAAAAUUCGGUCUGUAGGUUGUCCGUUCGACAAUCCGUUUACAGCACCAGGUUAUACCUCAGAUUUUUCGAAUAUACCAGAUUUUUCUUUGUAUGACUUGUUUAACUACCUCAUCAACAGCAAGGCAGAUUAUGACAAAAAGAAACUCAAAGCAUACAAAUCUUGUGACGAUUACAGACUCUUUAUUGACGGUCACAUUGAAGAACUGUUGUUCAAUGAGCUGAAGUCAUAUCCAGUUUGUCUGUUUAAAGCUAAAUGUAAACCAACACAGAGAGAAGUGACUUACCUCAAUAAAAAACACUAUGAUCUUUGGAUUCUGAUUGAAAAAGAACAUAGUGAGGUCAAAGCAGCAUACUGUACAUGUACAGGAGGGGCAGAUGGAGCAUGCCGACAUGUUUCUGCUGCAUUAUAUGAGUUAGAAAACUUUGAGCAGAAGUCUGUAACUGAUGGUGAAAACCAGUGGGCAAAAAGGCCUCACCUUCAUGAUAAUCCUGUACCGGUUAAAAAGCUGAAAGUGGUAAAGGCCAAGUGA